AGCGGCUGUUGGAGAGAGCGGCUCAAAGUUGAGUAAAAGGGGUUGAAUCGAGGACGUGUGAGGCUUUUUAGGAAAGUGGCAUCAGUGUGAAGCAGACGAGUCUUCUGCUGAACUCUGGACUUUAUAUCACCUCCGUGGCUUAGUUAAUUCGGGAUUCUAACCUGUUCCCAGGUCGUUAAGCAGCCAUGAGGAUUAACGUGUGGAUUUACCAGGCAUUGGUGUGUUUUAUGGUUACUAUUGUGGAUACAGGUUGCUGUAGAAGAACUCGUCAAUUAUUACAGAAGUAUGAAAAGACUGAGAACUAUAUGCUGGUUUGCACAGACUGUCAUCAGCAGCCAGUGGUGCGAAACGGCCGCUCACAGGAGCACUGCGCCCGAAAAUGCAAGAAAGUCAAGGGAAACUUCAACUGCAGAGCUUUCAACUUUCAAAGGCACAACAGGAAAUGCCACUUGCUUCCUUUUGACCGUUUUACCCAGGGUGUGCAGAAGCAGGCCAACACUAGCUUUACUUUGUAUGAAAAAAAAGAUUAUGUAAGGGAGUGUAUAACAUCCACCAAGGACAACUACAGAGGGAGAAGAUCUUGGACAAAGUCAAACAUCAUUUGCCAAGCUUGGUCUGAUAGCAACAUCAAUGAACACACGUUUUAUCCAGAUAGGUACCCAACACAAGACCUGAGGGAUAACUUCUGCAGGAAUCCCAACAACGACCCUGGUGGUCCGUGGUGCUACACCACUGACCCCAACGUACGAGCCGAGGAGUGUGGCAUACCACACUGCUCAGAGGAAGUCUGUAUGACCUGUAACGGAGAGGACUACCGGGGCAAAGUGGAUCACACAGAAAGCGGGCGAGAGUGUCAGAGGUGGGAUUCGCCGAGACCUCACAGACACCAAUUCCAGCCCAAAAAAUUCCGAGAUAAAGACUUAAAAGACAACUAUUGUCGUAACCCGGAUAACCGUCUACGACCUUGGUGUUUCACCAUGGAUCCCAAAACUCCAUGGGAGUACUGUGAUAUUGCAGUGUGUGACUCAGUUCCCACUGUGGGCCUUGAUGUCAACAUCACAACGUCCUGCGUCCAAGGGGUGGGCACGAAUUACCAAGGCACAAUGAAUGCCACUCCAGAGGGUGUGACGUGUCAGCGGUGGGACUCCCAGUUUCCCCAUAACCAUUCUUUUCUUCCCGAGCACUUCAAAUGCAAAAACCUUACUGAGAACCACUGCCGUAACCCCGAUGGUGCAGAUUAUCCAUGGUGCUUCACUACAGACCCCAAACAGAGGAUCGCCAAAUGCACCCACAUUCCAAGAUGUGACGCAGAGGCAAAGAGAAAAACAGAAUGUUAUGAAGGCAGUGGAGAGCUGUACCGGGGUACUUUAUCCAAAACUCGAUCAGGGAUUCCCUGUGCAGACUGGUCCCUUCACAUAAACAGCAAGGAUUCUCACUCUACGAUAUCACAUGUAGGGUUAGAGAAGAACUACUGCCGAAACCCAGACCGGGAUAAACAUGGCCCCUGGUGUUACACCAGUCAGAAUAACCGCCUAGUCUGGGACUACUGCAAACUAAAGCAGUGUGACCCAGCGACAGUGACUCCUCAACCGAGAACAUCACCGAGGCCCAAGGUAUCAUGCUUUGUGCAUAUAAACACCAGAAUUGUUGGAGGACAUCAAGUACGAGGUACAGAUGGCAGCUGGGUUGUAAGCAUCCAAAGAGAGAAGGUUCAUUUGUGCGGCGGCUCUCUGAUUAGAGAGGACUGGGUUUUGACAGAUCAGCAGUGCUUUACUUCCUGUGUUCCAGAUCUAAAAGAAUACAGCGUGCAAGUCGGUCUGCAUCACCUCAACGAGUCGUCAAACCACCCAAGACUUCGCAUAUCUCGCCUGAUCUGUGGCCCAAAGGGAUCCAAUUUGGUUAUGUUGAAACUUGAAGACCCUGCACCUGUGUCAGAGGGCGCCUCCACCAUUCAUCUUCCAGUAAAAGAGUGUCAUAUCAACCAAGGGACCAACUGCACCAUGUAUGGAUGGGGGGAAACUAAAAAUAGAGGACAAGAAGAGACGCUCAACAGUGUGACAAUGGCAAUGGCUGACAACGAAAUGUGCUCUCGAAUCAAAGGGGACCUUGGUGAAAGCAGAAUUUGUGCAGGAGGCAAAAUUGGAGAAGGAGUAUGUGAUAGAGACUAUGGUGGCCCUUUGGUAUGCCAAGAGCAUGAACACAAAGUCAUCAUAGGUGUGAGCAUCCAAAGGACCAAAUGUGCAUCAUCACAACCUGCGCUCUUUGUUAACGUUGCCUUUUACUCUGAGUGGAUUUACAAAGUGUUCAGACUUUACCCCACUUUGGACACAAACUGAUGCCUUUAUGGGAACAGAAAUCUCCAAACUGGCUGGAGAGAAAGAAGGGCAACAAGGACCAAACAUUUCUGCUACCUUUACAUGGAGGGAGAAUUAGGUAAAAGUGCCUGAUAAAGAGUGCCUACUUUGGUGGUUGGAGAUUGGUAACUGGAGAACCGAUGUACCAAAGAGGAUUGCUACCUUGAGAACAUCAACAGCACCAGCUCCCUUUUACAACCACAGUCUCGGCACAUAGACGGUGCACUAACUGCAUUUUGACAUGUUCAGAGUUUCUGAAGCCAUGCAAUCGAAGUCACUUGUGACUCAGUAUUAUAUCCUGGAAUGUACUUGAACCCAGUUCCAUGAUGGUUACCAGUUCAGGAAACCCUGCUCAACUGGAAUUCCCUUCCUUCUUCUUUUUUUCAUAUGAGUUGGAAUAGUUAUGAUUGUUUGAACUAAAAAUAUACAGUCAGAUAUAAGUUAUCAAAUGUUUUUUCUAAAAUAAUUCACAACUAGCUGUGAUAUCAAGGUCCUGUGUCCCUAUACAUAACCCUUCCACCAUUUACCACUAGCCCCAUUUUUAUAGGAAUUAUAGGGCAGGGCUAAAUAUCACUUCUAUGUCAUACUGAAUAAUAUUUGUAACAUGUUUACAGCAAACAAGAUUCCAAACCAAAGACAAGAUCCUAUCUUUGGUUGUAGUAAAGACUGGAGUCUUAAAUAUGUAGGCACAGCCCUGUAAUAUUGAUUGCAGUGGUUUUACCUGCCAUUUCAGUACUGAAAAUAAUGACAAUUAUGGGCCUUUUUGUUUUUACAGAUACGUUAUCUGAUAAAUUGGUAUUUUCCUUUGUUAAAGGGGCUAUGUCCGUGGAUUUUUAACUCCACGGUUCAUUGUGUGAGGGUGUAGGGGUCGAUCGGUUCCCUCUUUGACAAAGGCGUGGAGAUAAGUCCUUCAAAAAAAAGAGUUUUUGACGGAUUAAACUACAGGGGUACAGAUGUGAACUGGAUCCUCCACAUUUGUUUCGAAGCAGAAUGUGAAGAGUGACUCCUAAUGUCUGGAAAGGAAUCUCAAUCCCUCCUACCUGACCACUCAGCUCUUAAUUUUAAGAGGUAAAGACGAGAGCCAGGGAAUGGGGCUAUUGGGGGAGGAAAUGAGAUUCAGUCAUACUUUUUGGCUUCUUCCUCCAUUUUUGAGUAUCUGGACAGCUUCUUCAUCAAGUGACCUCCCAACAUGGAGAUGGAGAUUUUCCCAAUGGCAGAACAUUGUGGCAAUAAAAGAAAUGAACUCAAGCACAGUCCCUCCGUGAGAAACAACGAAGACAAAACCACUUCUUUAAUUUGUCCAGAACAGGACGAAAGUGUGGCCUCCCUUCGUAGGUGGGUUCAACCGGAGAAUCCUUGGGAAAAGUUGGUGGUCUUCAUUGUCUGAAGUAGUUGGACUAGCUUUUCUCCACAUAGCUGUUAGUUUCCCAUGAGAGGGUCUAAGUAGGACUGAGCAAACUGCUCCAAAUCUUAUGCUAAUAUUUGUAGCAUGAGAGAGAAGAGCCAUGCCAAAUAUAACAUGGCUAUUUGGUCUCCAGUUUGGAGGGAACUGUGGCCCCCGGUGGGCUGUGUGUGGUCAGUAGAAUAUUUUUGAUACUUUUUCUUGGGGGGGUUAGGGCUCAUGAAAAGUGACUCUGUAUGUACAAACCUGCAGGUUUAUAAUGUUUCUGCCAUGCCAUAAGAUGUUAUAGGUCUUAUAGAUCUGCAAUAUGUUCAGUUUACUUUUGGCCACUUCGUGCCUCUGAUUAUGUCUUAUAUUUAAAGUAAGGUGUAUUUAUUUUAUUGAGUCAGUGGAAGCAAUUAGUCGCAGAUUAAUUUGAUGUUAUGAUGAUGCUGUUUUAAGAUUUGAAAUUUGAAACAGGUUUUAUUCCUUUUUUUUUUUUUAAGUAUGCUAAGUUAAAUGCUAGCAAUAUCUUCUGCACAAACAGACCCUCUCGCAUGCAUGCAUGCAUACAUUCUGACUAUAAAACCACUUUGAUUUUGAUCUCACAAGUUGGGUGUUGAGUUUUUCAAAAUAAAAGCUUUAGAUUGUGGGGUUUUCUAUUCCCCUCUUCGGUUUGCCAAAGAAGAAAUUCCAAAGACCUCAGCAGUGUUUCUGUGUAUGUUUUCAUUAGACCACAUCUUCUUGGUUCAUUAUUUAUUUCUUAAACACAAAGGAUAUAUUUGAAUUACCUGAAUAUCACAGCCAUUACUUUUUUUUUGAAUAUGUGCAGACGUUUGCAGGGCUCUAAAUGAUAACGUUCCAAAAAAAUCUUUAAGUUUCUUACAGAGUAAUGAGCCUUUUCUUGUCUUUGCAUCACUAUCCUCUCUUCUGUACACUCAGUCACACUGCCGACCUGAUGAUAAUGAUUCGAGAAAAAGUUAAGGUUAAAGUUAAUCUAAAAUAUCUAAAAAAUGUCUAAAGUCCCAACAAAAUUACACAAAAAUAUGAACAUAUCACUAUUGAGAAAUAUGAUCUGAAACCGUGAUAGGUAGCAGUCGUGUCAAGACCUCGGAGAACGAUCCUGAAAUGAUGCCCAGAUGUUUGUGUGAAACUGGAUCAUUUCAACACGAAGAUUCAAUGUUCUCAGAUCCAACAUUACUGCUCUAGACAUCACUCAAAAAAUGCUGACAACAGAGGGAUGGAUGUAACUCGAUGAGUCACACAAUCCCAACAGCAAGUUCGGUUAGGCAAAUUCCAAUGACAGUGUAAAUCCCAACCUCAGCUUGUUUUCCCACACUCCAGUCUGUUAAAAUAGUGUUUUGUUGAAUAUCCAAAUGCCAAACAUUCAGUUCUGGGGAGGACCAUGUAACUUUAUUGUUCGAUUUCUUGUUGACCAUGCUCUGAAAGUGUUGUGACUGUUAUUUAAUUCGCUUUUCUGUAAAUAACACAAGCAGUGUGUAAAUUCCAAGUUGUAAUUUUUUGUAAAUAUCAUACUUUUGAAAUAUAGCUGCUAUUUUGUCGCGACAGUUACUUUUGUUUUAUAUCCGUGAUAUUUUCCAAACUUUGUAUUCUUUGUAUUAUCCUUUAAUAAACAGUCUUCCAUUGAACUCU